GCGCGGUGAUGACGCCAGUGGCGCGCCGCCGGUGCCGCCGCCGGUGCCGGGCAUGGCCCAGCUCGGCGCCAUCGCCGCCCUCGCCCUCGGCGUGGCGGCCGCCGCGCUCCUCUCGGCCGUGCACAAGAUCGACGAGGGGCACAUCGGCGUCUACUACCGCGGCGGCGCGUUGCUGACCUCCACCAGCGGGCCUGGCUUCCACCUCAUGCUGCCCUUCAUCACGUCCUACAAGUCAGUGCAGACCACGCUGCAGACGGACGAGGUGAAGAAUGUCCCGUGCGGCACCAGCGGGGGAGUGAUGAUUUAUUUCGACAGGAUCGAGGUGGUGAAUUUCCUCAUCCAGAGCGCGGUGUACGACAUCGUCAAGAACUACACGGCCGACUACGACAAGGCUCUCAUCUUCAACAAGAUCCACCACGAGCUGAACCAGUUCUGCAGCGUGCACACCCUGCAGGAGGUGUACAUCGAGCUCUUUGAUCAAAUUGAUGAAAACCUUAAACUGGCCUUGCAGCAAGACCUAACCACGAUGGCCCCCGGAUUAAUUAUACAGGCAGUCCGAGUUACAAAGCCAAACAUCCCUGAAACCAUCCGGAGGAAUUACGAGCUCAUGGAGAGUGAGAAGACAAAGCUGCUGAUAGCAGCACAGAAGCAGAAGGUGGUGGAGAAGGAGGCAGAGACAGAGAGGAAGAAAGCUCUGAUUGAGGCAGAAAAGAUUGCACAAGUUGCUGAAAUAACUUAUGGACAGAAAGUGAUGGAAAAGGAGACAGAGAAGCGGAUUUCAGAGAUUGAAGAUGCUGCAUUUCUUGCACGAGAGAAGGCGAGAGCUGAUGCUGAGUGUUACACUGCAAUGAAGGUGGCUGAGGCCAACAAGCUCAAGCUAACUCCUGAGUACUUGCAGCUGAUGAAGUACAAGGCAAUCGCAGCCAACAGCAAGAUCUACUUUGGCAAAGAUAUUCCCAACAUGUUCAUGGACUCUGCAGGGAGCCAGAGCAAAUCUGCAGAGGGACUGGCAGAAGGAAUCCAAGAGGAGGACGGGGCAGGAACCAGUGAGGACACAAAACUACUUCAUAACAUCAACUGAAAAGAAAGAUUUCUAUUCAUUUUAUAUCAAAAAAUAAUGAACUGGGAAAUUCCUUUUAGUUUUCCCCCUUUUCCUGUGCUGAAAGAGAUGAAUCAGAUUUAAUCCUUUCAAUCUUUUAUAUGACAAUUAGACACUAGGACUUUGGUAUUUACGGGGUGGGUUUUCUGGUAAUUUCUAAGCCCCAGGUAUGUUUUGUAGCUGCUCUUGGUCACCCAGACCAAGGAUUUGGGAGAGGUUGUCAUGCCUAUCAGCUUGGGUGGGAACCUAAUUUGGGACUGAGGUGGUUCAUAGCAGUUGCAGGUAAAGAAAUGUUGAGGUUUUGGAGGGAGGGGAUUUGCUGCUACAACUUGUUUUGGUUUUUUUUCUUACUGAAAAUUCCAAGUACUUUAUUUCAAUCCCCUCUGAAACUAAGGUGCUAGAUUUUGUACAUUACACACAGAUGGCUGCUCAAGGCUGGGGCCACACGAGGUGACCCCGUGAGGGACAGAGGCUCAGCUGGAGUCCUGCAGGUUCCCACCCCUGGGGGGAUCGAAGCCUUAGACCACAUCCCACAGGGAGAAACACAAACUCUUCAUUUUCUGUGUCCUGACUCUGCUUUGUUUUCCAUUUGUCAUGUUUGUGUGGUGGAAUUGUCCCAGCACUUCAGCUGCUGGGGGAGGGUGUGGGCAGCACCCUGGAGUGCAGAGCUGGGUGGGAUCUUCAGAUGGAAAUUGUCACAGAAAACCAGGGAGGAAAGAAUUUUUGUCUCAGGGACCCUGAGUUUACAAAAGGCCUUGCUGGGGAGGAGCUGCUGGAGUGAGCAGACAGCUUUUCAGCUGAUCUGCUCUGGGAGCAGCUGGAGCUCAGUGUUUACAGUGUCUGAGUAGAAAAAGGACCUGCAGGUGAGCACAGCAGAGCUCCUGUGGACUGGGGCUGAGGGACCUUGUGGAAGGAACAUUUCCCACUGGCCAAGGACAAACCACGACCCUGAGAGGCCACAGGGCAGAGACAAGCAGCUCUUCCUGAAUUCCCAAAGAUGGAUUCCCCUUUUCCUCUCAGAACAGUGUUCCAGAAUGUUCCCUCUAGAGACGGAACAGAGCUUUCUUCUCCACACAUGCAAAAUUGGAGGAUAAAAGUCCAGGCCUAGAGAGAACAUUUUUUUUUCCCUCCCUAAUCCAUCUGCAUUUGGCAGCAGAGCCUGGUGAUUAAUUGCUGAUGUAAUUAGAGGCCAGUAUCCUCUUCUGAGAUGAUGCCAGUGCUUGUCAGAGACCAGCCUGGUGCAUUCACAGGCUCCUGCCCAAAUUCUUGCUCCCCAGCACCCCUGGUCUCACCCUUCAGUGUUCAAACCUUCAUCACUGUGUUGCUCUGAGAGCUCAGUGAAUCACUCCAGGGUUUUUACAGCAGUUUUCUCUUCCUUGUUGAUGUUUGAAAAUGCAAAAUAGAAAUGAAACAUCAGUUUCUGCUGGAGCAAAGUCCCAUCCUCUUUGUAUUUCUUAGGAAAUAGGAGCUAAGGGAUGUCCCAUCUGCAGACCUACAUCAGACCCAGCAGCAUCCCCAGGGAGGCUGUGAUAUUCCCAAAUACUCAUAAAUAGGUCUGUGCAGGCUCUAACAGGGAAUAGCAGAAGUUUUUAGCCAUGAGGAUGAGCUCACUUGAGAUUGUUCUGCGUUUGUGCUCGAGGUUUCCAUCAGCAACUAACACCUCCUUUUACACAAGUAUUGUUCACUAAUGAAAGGACCCUACUAAGCCAAAGUGGUGUUAUAAAGGCUUUUUUUUAUGUGUGAUUUCACAGCAAGACAAUAGCUUGGGAUAAAGAGCUCUUAAUAUUUUUUUUUUUAAUUAAAACCCUAAUUGCUAAAGCAUUAGUGUAAUUUAGUUAAGUUGUACUAAGAGUAAAAAAAGAAAAGUGAAGUUGAGAGUGUGUCAGUCUUCAUAAGCCAGAAUGUGUUGUUGUGUCUUCAUUCAGGUUUCUUCACACUAAAAUGUCCUGAAUGUUCCAGAGUGGCUCAGUCUCCAUGUAAACCUGUAUUCCUCUAACAGGCAAAUUGUCCUGUUUCUCUAACCUUGAGGUGAAGAUCUGAACUUCCAACCCACUCUGUAGCAAAGGGAGCAGAGGUUUGUGGCACUGCUGAUUCCUGGCAGCACGGAAAUGCUCUGCCAGUGCAGUCCUUGAUCUUCUUAUGUACUGAAUUCAAAGCCUUUUUAUUUUGGUAUUUGCUAUGACAAUAAAAUGGCCUUCAAUUUUAGAACCUUCA